UCUCGUUGUUGGUUUCCCGUGGUCACCGAGCCCGCGUCUGCACGCGCCGCCUUGACUGUAAACAGAGCGCUGGUGACUGUUAAGAAGCCCGCCUGACAGCUACAGUUGGGAAACGGUGUGCAGUUAAGCAGUCCCAAUCAACGGUUUUCUGGAAAUGGUUUUAUUUCCUUUGCAGCUUUUUAGAGAACGGUUAAAUAUAAAAGAAGGACACUAGGAGAUUUAGUAGUUUUUGUUUAAGAAAAAAAAAUAUUUCAAGACAGGGUAGGCACCUACUUCAUCUGCAGUGCUUUGCAGCUGUGUGGCGGGCAAAGCGGCGGGAGGCAGCGGACACCCAGCGACAUGGAAGCAGAUCCCUUCGUGUCUCCAAUGCUGCAUUUGGAUCUGUACAAUUUUGAGUCGACGGAAGCGGAGGGCAGCCGCUACGUCCUCACGAGCCCCCGCUCCCUUGAGGCCUGCGCCCGCCACGGCGUCAGGCCCGUCGAACUUCUGCACAAGCCGCUGUCGGAGUUCGUAGAGGAGAACCCGGACACUCCGCUGCGGGUCAUCACGGAACUCUACGAGGUACACGAAAAGGGGCGGCGGCGAAAACUACGCGAGUGCCGUGAGGAGAGAUUGAGAAUCAUCGCGGAGGCAAAAGACAGGAGGGCUCCAGAUUCUGUCGCGGUGUGCUCUUUGAGCCAGGUCAAGACCUUCGACGGGUCGGGAGCCACCAGAAAGCAGACCCCUGAUGCCGAUUUGCCUGUAAGUGUCGGUAAGACUGUCAGUCAGAGGAGAGACACUGCAAAUCAUUUAGAAAUGAACGGUGCAGUCGGAUACAAAGAAAAAAAGUUUUCCAAAACUGAUGGAAAAAGUAUUGAUUUUCAAGUUUAUACAGGCAAGAGCUACAGUCUGGGUGAUUUGACCCAUUCAUUGGAAACUGAAAGAACGAUGGAGAAACUAUUGAGGGAAGUCAGGAAAGACACAAGUGUAUCUGUCCCAGAGAGGGAUCGCAAAAUUGCUGCUCUGAUGUUGGCCAAACACGAGGAGGAAAAGUCUCGUCAACAGCUGAGACGCACUGCCGAGCAGGCAUGGGAGGAAGGCAAGAAGAAGGAAAAGCUUCAGAAGAUGAGGCUGGAAAAGCAGAGAAGGCAACAACUUGGCCACAGUAUGGAGAAGUGGCAACGAGAUCUUGAUUUUCGCAAAAGCAAGAUUAAGCAGGAAGAGGAUUAUCUGAUUCAGAUGCGAAAACGAGAGGUUGAGAUGCAAGAAGAAAAGUGGAGGAAGCUGGCUGAAGAGCAAGAGUCCAGGCGACUUGGCAAACUCGAACUGACCCGGUAUGAAGCAGAAUGUAAAAAACACAACCAAGAGGAGAUGUUGAAAGAGAAAGACCAAUCUGAGCAGCAGUCCAGAGAGAUGCAGAGCGUAGUGGCACAGGAAAAAAUGUUUCGUGCCUCCCAGAGUAAACUAUUAAAGGAAAUGCGACAGAGAAAGAAACUCCAACAAGAAAAUGAGCAUCAUAAACUGAAACACCAGCUUCUCAAAAGGGAAGUUGACAAUCAAAUGAAAGCAGAGGAGCUUCUCUUGAAGAUGGCCAUGGAGAAGAAGCUGCUUAAAUCCCAAAAGAAUUACAAACGACUGGUGGCAGAAAGGGAGAAAAUGGUCCAGGAGAAGGCCAUCCACGAGGAGAAGCAAACCAUUUUGGCCAAGAUCCGAGCUGAGAAACUCGAGCAGGAACAGAGAAAGCACAAGACAAGUCUUGCUCUUGAGAAAGACAAAAAGAUUCAGCAAGCACUCGAAUCUGUAGACGAAAAGGUGCGCCAGAAAGCCAUGAAUGCCAGAAAAGUCAACCAAGAGAAGGAGCGGUCUCACCACCUUUUGAAACAGAAGCUGGAAGAGGAGGAGGAACUGCACCGGCUAGAGGUGAAAGGGGUCAUUGAAAAGAAGGAUAAAAAGAGUGAACAGAUCCUGCGAGAGAAAGAGGCCACCAUAGAAGAGUCCCGCAAAGUGGCCAGAGCCUCGUUCCAAAUGAGGGAGAAGGUAAGGGAGCAGAUUAACAGUCGCUCCUUUGACCAGAUGGCUUUGGAAGCCCAGUUGCGUGCAAGUCUCACUAGAACAAAACUGUGAAACAUCAGCAGCUAUCCGCUGAGAGCCAUCCUGAACCAAGCUUCAAACAGAAAUCAUUUGAAAGCUCAAUCCUGUAUAUUGGAUCUUUAAAGAGGCCAACAGUGAGAGAAAAAAAAACUUUGCCAUCUGUUUACCGGCUGUGUGUAUUUGUUUAAUAAUGUUUACUAAAAAUCAGUGACUUCUGCAUUCCUUCGAACCUUGUAAUUACUUGGCCAAAAAUCUCCAUUGUUAUUUCAGUGUUUUCUACUUCGUAUUUGAUGAUAUUUUUGUAAGGAAUGCAAAGAGUGCAACAGCCAUGUUUUGUCUAGUGGUUGAUUUAAAACCAGUCUGUAUAAAUUGAGACACCUUGACAUUGCUGCUGUGAUACAUGGGAGACGCCAGAAUUCAGUAAUCAUGCAUUGUCACAGCAUUGUGUUCAGACUAUUGGUAGUGAAACUCAACGGUGUGUUGAUUUUCUUUUUUUUUAAGGUGAUCUGGAUUUUUUAAUGCACAGACCUUUAGUGUUGCCGUCAGUUCAUAUUUACAGCUCUGUCAUGAUUGGUAUCAGUACAUGUAUAAGGUAGUUAAUAUUUUCUUGGUAAAAGCAAGGCUUUGAUGAGACAUUAAACCACAAUGUGCAUAAUUAGUAUUAGUAGACAUCAAACGUGUUAAUGUUAGAGUGCAUUUACCCCUUCAUAAGAAAGUAUGUUUAUGUAUGCGGUCACAACCUACUCCUAUUUGAUGUCUCUAGGACACAAAUUAUGGUUUCCAUUAUAGACAAAAUUCUACAAUAAAUAUUGCAAUAACAAGAAAAAUCAUGUGCACAGUACAAAGGCUAUCUCAUCCAUUACUCUGACUUUCGCUAUCAGUAGUUCUUGAUGCCUCUGACAUGUUUGAUGAAGUAAUCUGAGAUGUCCAAACCAUUAGACUCCAGCACCUCUCCAAGCCUACUUAUUGUAACACAUUUCACAAACUCUGUGUGUUCUGUCACAAGUAUUCAAAGAUGCAUAUUAAAAGAGAAACAGAGGCUGUUAAACUGCUUCUUCUAAAGCUUUUUCCACUUUCAUGUGGGGACACAAUAUUGGACCAGCCUCCUCCACUCUCAUCUGUUGUACACUUCCUUGCCUGACACCCCUUUAUCCCUUACAUUCCCCCUUUCACUCAGUCUGUCUACUUUCUCUUUGGCUGUCAUCUUCUCCUCCGUCCUGAUACCUCCAUGUUCACGAUUCCUCUCCGCAAAUUGUUUACCUCUGUUUUCAUGAAAUUCCUACACGAAUUUAACCUUCUUUCCUGUAUUUUGUUAAAGAUUUCCCCAACUUUAGCUGUACCUCUUUUUCUCUCAUUCCUGAUCUUAUCAGACUUUGUUACUCCACACAUCCAUCUCAACAGCCUAAUUUCUGUAGUUUGCAGUUUCCUUUCAUGCACAUUUUUAAAUGCCCAGAUUUCUGAUUCAUACAUCAAUACUGGUCUAAUUACUGUUUUAUAAACUUUAAACAAACAUGUUUUUAAAUUUUGUUCCUAGGGUUACCAUUGUCAUAUGUGCAGAGUACAGUGAAAUUCUUACUUGCAUGUGCUAAUUAAGAUGCAACAGUGAAUUUAACAAUAUUAACUGAAAAGUUCUGUUCAUGUAUUACUCCAGCACUGAAAUAGACCUUUUGACUUAAGUAAUUUUAUAUUUCUUCUUUAGCAGCAGCCUUUUGUUGUUACCUCCUGUUCCACAGUUUGUCCUUUGGUCUUGCACAGGAGCACAAACCUGGUACCUUUACUCAUCCAUACGCUUCAAUAAGGCUCAUCCAUGCGCUUGAAUAAGGCUCAUAAGCUGACAGGUUGUCUCUGACUUUAUUUUACAUCUUGAAAAUAAAAUAGGUCAAAAUAAUGAGUAUGUAAAUGAGCAAAACAAAAACAAAAGGGGGCUUGCUAAACUGAAAAUGGCAAGGCGUUUAUUUUCUGUAACUAACUGUUAUCAGUUUUUCAGUAUUUAAGAGCAAAGAUGGUAGUAGUUUUGGAGCCAGCAAAGUAAAAACCUUAGCUAGAGGGCAAAGUGGAGUGUCUAAUUUACCAGUUAUGCAAAAUAUGUAAUCUCAUUUUAGAAUAAAAAGUAAGCACGUUGUAGGGCCAAACACAAAUUGUGAAACAUGAUUUUGCCUACCAUUUGUAUGUGCUUUGUUUUUUUAUUUGAAAAAUGUCAAGAUGGACUCCUAUCAAGUUAUUUAUCCUAUUUUGUUUUAUUAUUAAUAUACACUACCAGUCCAAAGUUUACACACAUCCAGAAGUUUUCAUAUUUUUCUUAGAAAUGUAUACCUUUUCUAUCAAGAUACCAUUAAAUUGAUUUAAAAAUUAUAGCCAAUACAUUACUAGUGUUUCUAAUGGCUAUUACUGCUUGAAGUGACUAAUUUUUUUUUUUUUUUUUUUGAAUUCACAUAUGACAGUAAAGCCACAUUUUCAGUAGCCAUUCCUUUAGUGUGCUAAUAGUAAAUUCCCUUAGCACAUCCUUAAGUAGCCAUACUUAAUUGCCAAUUGGUUACUAGAAAAACCCUUUUAAUUGCAGAGCACUCCUGAAUCCAGUUACUCUGUUGACACCUUUCUUAAGAAGGCUGUUACAUCUUGCCAUUUUUUAACCUAGAACUGAACUUUAGGAAUGCCAGUACCUUGCAACCGAAGUGAACAAAAUAAAACGUUUUAACACUGCUAAUGCAGUUACAAACUUUUCUCUAAUAACUAAUCAGUCUUUAUACAUGACAAAUUAAGGAUAACAUAAGGGAGUUGACUAGUAGGACCCUGAAUGAAUGACUGCUGAAAAUGGGGCUCUUCAGCAAUAUGUGAAUAAUAAAUUAAGAAAGCAGUAAUUUCAAGCAAUAAUACCCAUUAGCAACACUAGUAAUGUCUUGGUUGUAUUUGUGGAUCAAUUUACUGGUAUCUUGAUAAAAAAAUACAAUUUCUACCAAGAACAUGAGCAUUUCUGGCUGCAUCCAGACUGUUGACUGGCAGUGUAUGUAGUUGUUUUUUUUAUUUUAUUUUUUUAAUAAUGAAUAUAAGCUUUUUAGGCUCCUUCAGUGAUGUAUUCAGAUCACUUGAUUCUGGGCUGUCUGACAAUUUCUUUAAGGUACUGGUUAUUCAAGUAGUCUGCAAGGUGACAGACAUUAUGCUAUUAUCAAAACCAUUUGACAACUCUGUAAGGCAGUUUUUCCUGCUGUGUGUACAAAUACUUUUUUUCACCCACAUUUUGACAACCUUAAAAAAUGUAUCUGGAUGAAAGAUUAGGCCAGCAGUGCUUUUAGCUAACCAAGCAAGCUGGAUGUAGUGAAUGGUCUCUUCUCUUUUGUUAACUUCUUAUAUUAAUGCUGUAGUUCUAGCCACCAUAGUGAUGCACUACCUGAAAUAUGAAUGACACUUCCAGUGGCACAUGAAUGAUUCUAUAUUGAAAAUAAUGUAUCUGAGUUGUGAUUUCUACAAAAGUAAUUAAACCUGCAGUUUGGCUGCCUUGUGGAUCCAGCAUCCUGGGUUCAAACCUCACGCCUGGAUAUCAAUUAUGUGGAGACUGCACGUUCACCUCGUGUUUGCAUGGGUUUUCUUCCUGCAUCCCUAAAAAUAUGCGUAUUGGGUUAACUGUAGAUUCCAGAUUGGCCGUGUAUGGUGCGGUUAUGUGUUUGAGUGGGCCUUUCUGUGGACGUUGGUGCUCAUGACCCUGAAUUAAAUGAAGUGGGUUGAAGAAUGUUAUGUUAUUUAAACAUGGUAUUUUCAUUAUAAUUUUUAUAUUCAUUUGUGUAUAUAUUGUUACAACAUUUAAGUUUUACAGUUUUGAUAGAUAUUACAUUCUUUUAUCAGUGAGUUAUCAAGGUAAUUAUGAUUAAUUUGAAUUGUGUGUGAUAAUUGUAUUUUUGUAUUAUUCAUUAAUAAGGUGUAAGAUACAAAGUUUUAUGGCAUUAUUUUAUUAUUGAAUUAGGGCAUGAGAUGUUCUUGACAUUCUCAGUAUUUACUGUGGCAUGUACUGUAUGACACUUUAUCAUUUGUAACUUUAGGUGGCCUUUUUCUAAUUUCAUGUUUUCAUGAACAAGAUUGUAUGACUAGUUCAACCCUGAAAACAGGUCCAGGCAGCUUGUGCUGCCUAAACUUCAUGUGAUGAUGCCAGAAGAAAGGAGUGAAUGGGAUGAAUGGACAGUCUGGGUGUGAGUAGUGAGUCUUCUCUUCACUGGAGAUCAGAUUCUUGAAAGUGUUGUGUGUCUGGAAUUCUUCUUGUAAAAUGCAUUUCUGCAAGAGUAGAAUUUAGUGUUUUUAAGUCAAAAUGUCAUAAUGGUGAAGAGGACUAUGUCAGAUUCUCCAUAUCUUGAUAAUGUAUUCCUGAUCUCAGGGUUGGACUGACAAGAAGACUUUAUGUAAUAUGUUGCAGACAAGGUAUAAAUAUUUUUAAAUUAUUGGUAAAUGGCAUGUUUCGUAUAUAAUAUGUGAAUUUGUACUAUUUGAAUAUUUUAAAAUAUGGAAAUUAAAAUGUAUAUUUUAAAAUCUUAAAA